CAUGAAGUUUACACGCAGCGGGGAAUCCUCUCACUGGAGCUGAUGAAUGGGGAGGAGGGUCCGAGGGACCUGCCAAGGUGUAUAUAAGGAAAGAAAGGGGAAGUCGCUGAUGCGAAAUCCACACAGCAAGCAAAUACCGGAGGAGCGGAGACCGGCAGGAAUACAUUUAAUUGCCUUUUUCAUUAAAUAAACUCCUUUUGACUUUGGAUCGUUUAUUGAAAAGAUUUCAAAGGGCGGGUUGACUAAAAGAAGCGCAUCAGCACCAUUUGUUCUCUCUUUUUACCUUUCUCCCUGGGCGAGACGGACACCGCACAGCAUCAUUAUGUUGAACAAUAUGGAUUUGAACGCGAAAGAUUCAUUUUAUCCUCAGUUUGACAAUUGCAACAGUUCUUCAUUGGCGAUGGAGAACGGCGCGCGGAAAGACAACCAGGAGGUGUACGUGGAUGCAGCUGAACGGGGGGCACCUGCCCAGUUCGGCCACGAGGGAGCCCCCGCAGCUCUGAAAACCGAGGCGUCCAACUCGGAAUUCGCUUUUAACCCCUGCGAGUGCCCAAAAGACACCUACACCCCCUCCUCGCUCGCCUACUCGGGCAGUUUCUAUGUUGAGGCAUCUCAGGGAGCGCCCUGCAGCACCGAAACACUCCUCAACAUGAUCACCGAGAUCGUGGGCAUCUCCACGCUGCCGCUUUCAGAAGCGCAACAGAACGGCACCAGUCGGGGAAACUAUCCGUCUCCCGAACCGCUGGAGAACAGCGAUGGCAAUUUUGGAGACUCUGGCGCAAAGAGGCAGCCUUACACUUGCUCCGGACCUAACCCACCUGUGUACACCCCGGAUCAGACUUGUCAGACGUACACAGAUGAUCAGGCCGCUUCACAAAGCCAAGACCCGUCCACCUCCCAACUCAGCUUCGGCUCCUCUCGAGCCCAGGACCAGAAGAAGACCGAGCCAAAGUCUGAAGCCGCGUCUUUCCCCGUGGUGGUGAAGAAUGAGUUUGAAAGCAGCUGCUACGAGUGGGGCACGUUUAAUAAGUCUGACUGUUUGGAGACUACUUUCCAGACCGAGACUUUCCCCAUGUCCAACGAUUUCCCUCCGGAUCAGCAGAUGGAUGUUAAGGAGCUUUUGGACACGUUCCCCGCAAUCUGCCCCAACCCGGAGAUGGAGUUUAAGGUGGAAGGGGGGAUCAAGCAGGAGCCGUGCUUCUCUGACACCUGCUCUCAGAGCUACUCCGCAUCCCUGUACAACAAUUACCUCCCCCCACCCCCUAUGGGCCUUUCCUCCAACCUGAAGCCCUUCCCCGAACUCCCACCACCCCAGUCCAACCAGUGCGACCCUUUAUACGCGUCACCAGCCUUACCCAGCACCAUAGACUCCAUCCUCUAUUCCUCCUUGUUGCCUGAUUCUUUCCCACAAACUUACCCCACCCGAGCCACAAAGCCCCCCCGGGCCAGGAAGAGCCAUGCCGCCUCUCACGGCCCAGCCAAAGAGAAACCCUUCACCUGCCCCAUGGAGAGCUGCGACCGCCGCUUCUCGCGCUCCGACGAGCUCAACCGGCACAUCCGCAUCCACACGGGCCACAAACCCUUCCAGUGCCGCAUCUGUUUGCGCAGUUUCAGCCGUAGCGACCAUCUGACCACCCACACCAGGACUCAUACCGGCGAGAAGCCGUUCUCCUGCGACGUGUGCGGCAAAAGGUUCGCGCGCAGCGACGAGAGGAAGCGGCACGGACGCGUUCACCUCAAACAGAAGGAGAAAAUGGAAAUAAAGCCACAGGUGACCACCGGCGCGUGGCCUUUCAGUCUUCCCGAGGGGAUAUGAAGACCAGGCUCUGUGUGUGUGUGUAAGUGUGUGUGUGUGUGUCACACAGUGUAGUUGAGCCUUUCGGGGGAUCUUUCCGUCUUGGAAGAUAAGCCAGCUGACUACAAAUUCAUGUCUGAGUUGGAUUCUGUUUGCCUGGCGAGUCUGUGCCUCACAUAAGAGAGAGAGGAAGGCUGCCGCGGCCUUACAGCCUGUUGGUGCUGACUGUGAGCAGCCAUUCGUCAGCUGUAAGAGUCCGUAAACGCAUCAGCACUUGUUGCUUUGACCUCUCUGCUCUGCAUUGCAUGACUGCAGUUCAGCACCUCCUGGCCUGGACAGCUCCUACCUCCAGGCGCCUCGGAGCAUGGACGGGUUGCACUUAAGAUGAUUAAUAUCUCCAUUUAAGAUUCUUAUUUUCUGCUUUUAGCCACAGUAGAGCAAUGAUUUACCUACGUUUCUUAAAAAAUGCAUGUUUAUGUCAGUUUUAUUUUCCUUUAAUUGGAAUUUCAAACCACUCUGAAGGUUCUCCUUCACUCCACAGUGAAGGCUUCUUAACAUGAAUGUAGGCGAAUGGUUCUGACCAUGAAGCUGUUCAUCCUGGAUCACUUCUAGUGUUGAUCUAAUUAUCAUUUUACUGUCAGUGUUUCUUUGUCAUUUGGUCUUUGUGUUGUAUUACAAUUGUUUGGAUUAUUACGGUUGUGAAAGCUAUAUCAUAAAUGGGAAAUAUCAUAAAUGGGAAAUAAAUAUAUUUGUAUCACCGUACUUCUUUGUAUUUUUAUAGAACAAGUGUAUAUUUUACAAUUAUUAUAUUCAAACGUCCUUUCUAAGGUGACAUGUUUUUUCAAUCAUGAAAGUCUUGAUUUUUGAGGGCUAUUGUUUAGUAACAAUAUUUUAAAUGUUACAGUUUGAUAUUAGAAGCGUUUCCACGCAUCACCCCAUCGUCGUUGGUACAGUGAGAGUUGUUUCACUGAUUUUGUUGAUAUAGAUUUUAAAGGGAAUGUACUCUAGAUGUGGUACAGCUUUUUUUUAAAACAAGAGCUUAAUUUACAGGAUGUACAGAAUUGUGUUUGAUCCAGCUAGAAACUACUAGCAACUCACAUAAACAUUGCUUUUAAGUAAUCAGGUAGCACACAUUGCUGCGAGUUUCUGUGGACUUUACCUUUGGAGGUGGAAAAGUUUGGACUUUUGCCCUUUUUUAAUUUAUUUAUUUGCUGGAGGUACGUUAAGAUGAAAUGUUCACUUUAGCAAAAAUACAUAAAAGAAAAUGAAAAAAAUAAAGAAAGUGUUGAGGGUUUGGUGAGUUUGUCACCAACACGAUACUGCAAAAAUGGAAAACGUAAUUCAACUCGCCUUAAGUUAUAUUAACUGUUCACGAACGGAUUUUUUGUACAUAGACAAUUUCUACAAUACAUGAAUAUUGAUGUUGUUAUUUUUAUCAAAAGUUUAUGAAUAAAAUAAACAUUUUCGGGAAGCU